AUGUUUUCCCCCGUUUUUUCUACGAUUUUACUGGCCUUGAUAACCACCGCUGCCGCGACCAAUAAUAGUCCAGUCUCUGUUAGCACCACCUCAGCUGCACACAAUUACACCGUCAGCGGAACAUCCACCACCAGCUUUGCCCCGCCAAUUUAUACCUGUGUGGUGUAUGUCAAUGCUACUUCGAGCAGAGGGGCGUACGCAUCUACAUCAUCGGGAUUCCCAAACUAUAAUAUCUCCAGCACCUCUUAUUAUAAUCCCAACGCAACUUACGGUUAUACAUCGUCCGCUUCAGCAGUCCCCACUAUCGUCACAUCUUCUCUACCUGUGGACUUCGGUAGUUCCGUCACAAAUAGUGCCUACGCCACACUGUCAAGUGUCAGGUACUCAGUCAGUACUAGCUCGGCUUCAGCAGAUUCUGUCUACAUCACUCGCCCUUUGACCAGCAUCGUGUACGCGACUCUCAUCACGGCAAACGCCACCGUUUCGACAGUUUAUGCCUCUCCUACUCCCAUUCUUACCGGGUACCCGUCCGGAUUGCCAGUUUGCAGCCCAUACGGUGAUGCCCCCAAAGGAACGGUAUCUGCCACAUCUACGGGGGCAUCACAAUCAAGUGCAAAUGCCCUGCAAGCGAAUUCGAAGACCGACGACAGCCAACCCAGCACGGGAUUCGCCAUUAAGCAAAACAUUGCCGGUAUCACAUUUGGAGUUGUUGCUGGAAUUGCGUUGGUGAUGGCUUGA